AUGACGGGAAGUCAUUGGAUAGAUGAGACCGGCCUACUUCAUGUACCUAUCGUUAUGACGAAUAGUUUCGCGACUGGUGCUGGUGUGCAAGGUGUUCUCGAAUACUGUGCAAGAGAAUAUAACGAUAAAGACACUGGACUGUGUGAUUGGUUCGUUAUUCCAGUAGUAACUGAGACUUUUGACGGUUAUCUGAAUGAUAUUGGCUCAUUUCCGAUAAAACCUAGUCGUAUCAUUGAGGGAAUUGAAAAAGCGAAUGGUGAUCCAGUCAAGGAAGGUAAUACUGGCGGAGGAACGGGUAUGGUGUGCGCUGGAUACAAAGGUGGAACAGGCAGCUCUAGUCGAAUUAUUCCCGGAAAGAAGCUGGUUGAUGGCAAGGAGAUCGAACUGACGUAUACCGUCGCUGCUUUAGUUCAAGCUAAUUACGGAACAAAAAAGGAUUUCAGAGUUGGAGGUAUACCCAUCGGCCGUCUCAUGAUUGAAGAAGAGGCAAAAGUAUUAGCUGAUCGUACAGACCCAGAAGCAAUCAUCAAAGCUACUGAAAACCUUCGUCUGCAAGAAGCAAAGGAACACAAGAAAGAUGGAUCCAUAAUCGUCAUCAUUGCUACAGACGCACCUUUACAUCCUACACAACUUCAACGUCUUGCAAAGAGGGCAACUCCAGGUUUAGCACGGGUUGGCGGAAUCGCUCACAAUUCAUCUGGAGAUAUAUUCCUCGCUUUCUCGACAGCAAAUGAAAUUCAAGUUGGACUGAAAUCAAAUUAUGAUCCUUGGACAGCGACUGUUCCACGGUCUAGUGAAGGAUUUGUCGACGAUUGGACUAUCAAUGCUCUUUUCGAAGCUACGACAGAUGUUGUCGAAGAAUCAAUAUAUAAUGCCGUUUGUAUGGCAGAAACAAUGGUUGGUCCUCAAGGGAGAAAAGUCAGUGCGAUAGACCUGAAACAUUUGAGGAAAUUGGUGACGAAGUUUACUUGA